ACACAGAAACUCAUCAGCCGCCUCCUGCGAUGCUCCUGGAUGUUCCUCCUCCGAGUUUAGAGCUCGUCUUCCCGCCUCUCCACCGUCUGCUGUCCCGGGGAAACUCCUCGCGCUGCGGCUCUCUGGUCCGAUGUGAGUUGACCCGCGCGUAACAGUCCGGGUCCGCGCGCGCCGCCAUGGCUUAUCCUCAGGGUUUCCUCUUCCAGCCGUCCGUGUCUCUGGCUCUGCACUCCUGUCCGUCCUUCAGCUCCGGGCUCGGCCGCUCCUCUUCGGGCUCCGCCUUCGCUCCGUACUCGGGAUCCGCGGCGCAGCUGCCGUAUGGCGGGGAGCCGCGGGCCGCCGCCGCGCUCGGCUCCUUCGUGAGUCCCGCGUAUGACCCGUCCUCCGGAUCCUUGGACUACCACCCGUUCGGGGCCCUGGGGCCCUACCCGUACGGGGACCCCGCCUACAGGAAGAACGCCACGCGGGACGCCACGGCGACGCUGAAGGCCUGGCUGCAGGAGCACCGGAAGAACCCGUAUCCCACCAAGGGCGAGAAGAUCAUGCUCGCCAUCAUCACCAAGAUGACGCUCACGCAGGUCUCCACCUGGUUCGCGAACGCGCGCCGCCGCCUGAAGAAGGAGAACAAGAUGACCUGGACGCCCCGGAACCGGAGCGAGGACGAGGAGGACGACAACAUCGACCUGGAGAGGAACGACGAGGAAGAAGAGCCGAUGAAGAGUAACGAGAUGAAGGACGAGGCCGCUGGCCGGCGUUCAUCUUCGGGGUUAAACGUGUGCGAGCUGAUCUUCAGAGAGGACGCCACUGAUGCGGACUUUAAAGACUGCGGGGACAGGAGGGGCCCCGCCUCCACAGGGGCCCGUCCUCAGAGCGCUUCAGAUGCGGACCGCCCGGCGUCGAAGGAGCACGCCGGCGCCGACCGGGGGCCGACCGCGGCCCCUAAACCCAAACUGUGGUCGCUCGCUGAGAUCGCCACGUCGUCGGACAGAAACAGAUCCUGCGGUGACUCGUCACAGAGCCCGGGGCCCGGACAGCAGCGGCAGGCCCCGCCCCCCGCCUCCACACCCCGGACCCCUUUCCCCCACGGCGCCGCCCUGCCCCGACAUCUUUACUACACCGCCCCCUUCGUCCCCGGAUACUCCGGCUUCGGCCCUCUGGGGCCCCUGCACGGCGGCCCCGGCACGGCGACGCAUUUAAACGGAUUACAUCAGACUCUGCUGCAGAGAGCCGAGGCGGCGGCGGCGGCGGCGGCGGCGACAGACUGCAGACGUAGUCACAGCCAGCUGGAGCUGCAGGAGCUGCAGAGAGGCACGGCCAACAUUUAGACGCUAUUUAUUGAUCCACUAUUUAUUGA